GCAGCCUGCGCCGGCCCCGGGGAGCCCAGCCCAGCUCGCGCCGGGCCAGGCCGGAGCAAUGGCCGAUCCAUUCUGUGCUGGAGGGGGAAGAAGACUCGCGGGGUCCAGCAAAACUGGAGCAGGGAAAGACUCCAGCAGGACGGAGCGUCGGCUGCCUCCGGCCCAGGAGCUUCCAAACAUCGGAAAUGUGACCAGUGACAAAAGUGAAGGCAGAAAGAAAGGGCGGCCCAAAGCAGAAAACCAAGCGCUGAGAGACAUUCCUCUUUCCCUGAUGAACCAGUGGAAGGAUGAGUUUAAAGCCCAUUCGCGGGUGAAAUGUCCGAAUUCUGGGUGCUGGCUGGAGUUCCCCAGUAUUUAUGGGCUGAAGUACCACUACCAGCGCUGCCAAGGGGGUGCAAUCUCCGAGAGGCUGACGUACCCCUGCCCCUACUGUGAAGCCGCCUUCACCUCCAAGACCCAGCUGGAGAAACACCGGCUGUGGAACCACAUGGAUAGGCCUGUCCCAGCCAGCAAACCAGUCCCAUCCAGUAAAGCAGUCCCUACCAGUAAACCAAUCCCAACCAAUAAAUCAGGGACAAUUAGCAAACCUGUACCAAUGGGCAAACCCGUCCACCCUCCUAAACCACUAUCAACCAGCAAGCCAGUACCAACUAGCAAACUGGUCUCACCGAACAAGACGGAGAACAGACUCCAGAAGACCGUUGGGAGGAGCAGUGGCAAGAAAAGAGCUGCUGAGAGCUCAGACUCCUCCCCCAUCCACCCGAAGCAGGUGAAGCUGGAGAAGGCCGCUGCCCAGCACCCCGAGAAUGGGGAAUGUGCCAUGGAGACGCGGGAACGCAAGGACUUCCAGCUGCCCGCAGCCGGGACCCUCGCAGCGGCAGUGCCCACCACCAAGCCCUCAUGCUGCAAGGACUCCAGACAGGGUGGCGGUCAAGCGUCCUUCCCGGAGGAGGACCCCGAGCGGAUGAAGCACAGAAGGAAACAGAAAACUCCUAAGAAGUUUACUGGGGAGCAGCCGUCAAUCUCAGGGACGUUUGGGCUAAAAGGUCUCGCUAAAGUGGAAGAUAAAGCCAAAGCCCACCGAGCCAAGAAGUUGGAGGGAGUUUGCAGCACUGAGGAUUCAAAGAAGAAACCUCAAGCGUCGAGUGUGAAAAGGGAAACUGCCACUUACCUCAGCACAGCAAGCCCAGAAGAGCAGUGGCAGCGCAUCAUCAGCGAGAAGGGGGAGGUCGCAUGCCCUACUUGUGGAGUCGUCACCAGGAAGACCAUCGUCGGGCUGAAGAAGCACAUGGAUGUCUGCCAGAAGCUGCAGGACGCCCUAAAAUGUCAGCACUGCAAAAAGCAAUUCAAGUCCAAGGCUGGACUGAAUUACCACACCAUGGCGGAGCACGUCAACAAGGCCGUGACCACCGUGGAGACCUCCGAGCUGGAUGAGCAGGAGGAGCGGGAGAGGCUAAGGAAAGUUCUGAAGCAGAUGGGGAAACUGAAGUGCCCCAAUGAGGGCUGUAUGGCCACCUUCUCCAGCCUGAUGGGUUACCAGUAUCACCAGAAACGCUGUGGGAAGCAGCCAUCUGAGGUGGAGAAUCCUGUGUUCACCUGUCCACACUGUGGCAAGAAGUACAAGUCCAAGGCCGGACAUGACUAUCACAUCCGGUCCGAGCAUGCUGCGCCAGCAGAGGAGCCAGAGGUGAAACCCGAGACUGAGGUCAUACUGGACUUUGAGAGGACGCCCAGUGGCCGGAUCCGGCGCACAUCGGCCCAGGUGGCAGUGUUCCACCUUCAGGAGAUUGCGGAGGACGAGCUGGCCAGAGAUUGGACCAAACGGAGGAUGAAAGAUGAUCUGGUGCCCGAGACAAAGCGGCUGAACUACACUCGGCCAGGACUCCCAACGCUAAACCCUCAGCUGCUGGAGACCUGGAAAACUGAAGUCAAGGAGAAAGGACACAUCAACUGUCCAAAUAACUGCUGUGAAGCCAUCUAUUCCAGUGUUUCUGGCCUGAAAGCCCACCUCGCCAACUGUAACAAGGGAGGCCACUCGGUGGGAAAGUACCGGUGUCUUCUGUGUCAGAAGGAGUUUAGCUCAGAGAGCGGUGUGAAAUACCACAUCAUCAAGACCCACUCAGAGAAUUGGUUUCGAACUGCGGCGGAGUCCUCACCCAAACAGAAGCACAGGGAACAGAUCUCACCCAAGAAAGAGAAGAAGAAAAGCACAUCAAGUGGAAAGAAACGAGGCCGGAAGCCCAAGGAGAGGCCCCCUGAGGCCUCAUCCCCCAAGAGCAGAGAGGGUCCAGCUGCUAAGACUCAUAACAAGCGUCCGGGUGCGGAAUCCCAGCUGCGGGAGGAGUCGCCCAGCGGCCCCGGAGAGGUGGCAGCAAGAGACAAGGCAAGCCAAGCGCCGCUGCCGCUGCACAGCAGAAAGGGAGGAGCCAGUAAGAUGCCUGAGAAAUGAGAAUGGGGGGAUUUGGGUGUUUUUUCAAAGACUGUCUUAAUUAUUAGUUUACAACCCAGGGUCAUGGGGUGAUCUGUUUCUGAUUCUUUUUCUGUCCCCCAUUUCUCUGGCUCAUUGUUUUUUAAAGAAGAAACAAACCACUUUAAGGAGAUCCUAGGCCUUGUUUCACACUGAACAAACAACAACCAACUGUGCAAUUCCUGUCCAGUUAUGACUGACUCUCUCUUAUCCUGCCUCUCUUUCUCCCUCUCUCUCUCUCUCUCUCUCACACACACACACACACACACACACACACACACACUUGUGUGUGCAUGCAUCUCUUCCACAGGUGAAAAGUUCUGCCCUGGAGCUGAGACUGAGUGUUCAAAGAGAAGUGCAAUAGUCGGGAAGCGGGUUCUGGGGAGUGGGGAUAGAGAGGAUUGGCCCCUUUUUAGUUCCCAUUUCCUGUUUUCCAAGUUGCAGGGGGUCAAGUCAGGGAGGUGAUUAUUUGCACCUUUGAAUGAUGGCUCCCAUUUGAUUUCCCGGAAGUCCCCCAGAGGCUCCAGGACAGUGUUUCCCAGGAGUUGGAAAGUGGGGGACUUGAGGCAGGACUGAGCAGUGUGGAGGAGGAACAGAGUGGGUGGGGUGUAGCCCGGCAUGGGGCUAGGCUGGGCUGAACUUGGCAAGGAGAGGGAGAGCGGGAGGCACUGCAAGGACCAGCUAUGUGGGGAGGAGGGUUGGGCUGUCUGUCUUACUUCUCCCAGGGUUUUAAAUCCAUGGUGGGGUGUGGACAAACAGUGGGGUCAGGGCUCUUGAUUGGGUAGUUUGGGCAGUGGGGAAAUGCGGGGAGGGUGGGGAGGGAGGCGGCUUUGAGAUGGUGUGAAGGUGCACUUGUUUAAUAUAAUGCUAUGCUCCCUAUGGGCGCUCCAUAAUAUUUUUCGGUGGUUGGCUAUGUGGACCAGCCUGGUUCUGCUCAGAGCCUGACCUCUACGACUUCCUGGUCAUAUUGCCCUUGUCCCCCAGACCCAAAACUGUCAAUCAGCCCAAAGGGUACAUUUCUGUUGCUUCAGCUCCUGUAGUUGGGGAAAAGCUUUCAAAAGCUUACAGUUGACUGGUUGUGACUUCUUUUCCUCCACCAAGGGCCAAGAUAGGACUAGUUGGACUUCUGACAUCUAUUCCUACCUCUGACCUUCCUGAUUCUGUGGUUUUCUUCCAAACAUCCCUGAAGUAAAAUUUCAAACCUUCCUGGGUCAGGGGCAGGGGCACGGCUCUAAGCUGGUGCUCUUUCCUCCAGGCAGACAAAGCCUGGCAGCUCUAUCCCUCAAAAGAGGAAUCUGACCAGGGCCUCAGGAGACUGGGGAGAGGUGGGUAGAUGGGGAAGCAUUUCAGUCCCACAUACUCUCUCAGCUCAGAAAUGAAGGUCAACUUUUAAAAAAAAAUGUUCAGUUGGGUUGACUAGAGCUGGGAAACUGGGUCACUUUGGGGGUCAGCCCCACUGGUGAGCCAGCUCCCCCCCACUGGCCCUUUCAAACGCUGUUUUGGCUCUCUCUGAGCCUAUCGCCCAACCCCGCUCCUUAGCCGUUUCUCCUUCCUGCUCCAGGUAUCUCUUCUACAAGCCUCUGAGCUCUCCAUUCCAUAUCUCCAGGCCAGGGAUCAGUGUCCUGGAGGAGAGGCUCUGAGGCAUACACUCCGGGGCUGAGUCUUCACAAAUGACUGUUGCAUGUGUUCCUGUAACCCUAGUCUCUGGCACUCUAAUUAUUGGCUAGUCAAUAGCCACCAGGGAUCGUUCUGAAUUCUCUUUAGGGCUCCGGCUGCUUGGUGUUGUUCCCAAACUGUGGUCAUUGAGCCGUACCCAUCCCCACACUCUGCUGCCACCCAACAACCCCUGCAAUCAGAGCACUAAAUUGAGCCAGUCUGCACCUGUUGGCUACUUGGGCAGAAAAGGAAAAUGAACCAAAUACUUGGGAUUUGCUGGUGUAAAGGUCUGUCUGCUUCUUCUAGGCAGUCUGCCUAGGAUGUCAUCACAUCGUUUGUUCUCCGAAGGCCACUUGCCCCAGUAGCCAGCAGUCCCUUCCGAAAAACAGUCUCAGCUGGGUUCUGCCAGUCCCAGGAAAGCUGCUGUUCUUUCUUCUUUUCUCUUCUCAUCCUUCACCACCCGUUCCUUACCUCUUCUGACUUCUCUCCUCCAUUAGUCUUUUGCUGCUCUCAUCUCCUUCCUUAUGGGCUUCUUUUGAGCCCUUGCUCCUCAACAAUAGAUUUCUGGAGUGGUCCUGCAGGACUUCCCCCUGCAGCUGUGAUGGAAGCCCAUCAGAUAGUCAAAGUUUAAUCAGCUCCCUCAACUGGAUGAUUGCCCUGCCAUUUAUCAGAACAACACAGUUGAGAGAGGGUCACAGUAGAACACAUUUAUAUAAACACUCUAUCUAUGCCUAGGGACAUGGGUACAAAUGUUUGUAUAUAUGAUCCAUAUAUAUAUAUAUAUGUAUGUAUACAUAUAUAUAUGAAAUUCAGUACAUAUUGUUGUUUACUUAUAUAAAUGUUUAAAGUUUUAGAUUGUAAAGGCUAUUUUAAUCGUAAUUUGCAAGGAGAGUUUGAAACUCUAACAAUUUGAAAAGCGUCUAUUCUUGUAGAUGGAGGGAGCUGAGGAGCUAGGGGACAGGGAUUUAUAAAUGACAGUAAUGGUGGGCCAGGGUAUUUGUGCUUAAUUCCCCAAGGGCAAAUCUCAUAAGUGUCCUGGUUUUUCUACCCCAAGAGUAGCUCUCCCCACCCUCACUCAGCACUCCCUUCCGAGUUCUGUGGUUGUGGAAAUCGGGCUUUUUAAAAACUAAUUUUGUAUUCUGUUAUCCAGGGCAAACAGUCGCCUAGCGAGUAGAGCAGAGUCUUACCAGUUAGCCAGAGUCUGGCUGUUUUAUAAAGUUUUCCCAGUAGUGAGGGGGAGAGCCCUCUGUUGUUUUAACUGAUUUCUCUCCUCCACCAGCAAAAGCUGGAGUGGAAAGGGAUAUGAGCCAGCAAUGGGAGGGGCAGCGGGAGAGGUGAGUGGAGCCAUUUUCUAGGCGUUUGCAGGAGUGAUGACGGGUCAGCUUCAUGUUUCCUUACCACUCCGAAGUUGUGCUCUUGCCUUGAUCCACAGAAGCAAUGGUUGCAUGUGCAGGGUCCCCCAACGGGGCACGUAUGUACAUGCUCAAGCUUUGAUACAUGUGUAAAAAUUGCAGGCCCAGGAUAGGAGGGAGGGGAGUGGGAGGUGGUGUUUCAGCUCUGGGCUUAGUACUAUGACUCUGGCUGGAGAUGAGACCUGUAAAGAACGUAUGGUAAAUCUGCUUCAAAAAUACACAGGCUACAUGGAAGCUUUAUCAGACUCCUAUCCUGCUUAAAUCAUUCCUCUGGGUCUUCAGAUCUCCAGAGGGGCAUGUGUGCUCCCACUUCAUGCACAGGAGGGAAGCAUUAACUACCCUUCCAGAUCUGGAGUUUGGAUCCACUAGCUCCCUCAGGUCCCUGCUCCUCAACUUCAGCCCCCAGGAAUUCCCAGGAAGAUGGAGAAAAACAGAAGCCCGGAGUCUUUUCUCUGAUUGAGGUUGUGAGCAUCUAGAAAGGACUGGACCCCCAAGAGAAGCCCCAGGGAGUAAUCCUUCAUGCUCUCGUGAGCACCAUUAGAUUUUCUGUAGCUGCCUUCCUUUCCGAAACUCACAGCACUCUCACUUCUCUUCCCAUCAGCCCUCAGAGAGCCAGGGCCAAGUAUUUCUGUCCCCAUUUUACAGAUGGAGAUGCUGAGGCAUUGGAAAGUUAAACAGCUUGCCCAAGAUCAUGCAGCAAGUUAGAGGAAUUGCUGGAUUGGCACCAGGACAUAAAUCAAGUUGAGUUUCACCAGAGGUAACAGUCAAGAGUUGGUAACGGUUGAGUGCAGACUAUAUAAAAAGCCUUGAAUUCAAGGCUGAGGAGAGAAUGGCAGAAAGAGUACACUUGAGUCUUGCUGUCGAGGAGCAAACAGCAUGAUGAAAGAGAUGCCAGGGCUGGGAUGUGCACAUUCAGCUGUUUUUGGGGGGUUUUAUUUUACCAUUCAAGUUCUAAACAGAACUCAGCCAAGCUGUCACCUCGAGCAGCUUUUCCUCUGCCCAAACUGCUCUUCAGACAUUAAUACAAUCCCACAUGCUAUUCUAGUAGGAAGGAAGGGAAGGUCUCCUGAACCCCCAGUUAUAGGGACCCACCUGCAAGCGAGAGAAAUAUUAGUGAGGUCAGAAUACUGAUGGACCGGGGUUGGCUUCCUGUGAGAGACACUGAAGCUGAAUUUAAAGCUAGUUUAGGAGUUGCUCAUCCUGAGAAGUGGCAGUCUGUCACCCAGUCAUGUUGGCUAAAGAGAAGUAAAGUCCCAGCAAUUGUAAAAAUACAAGGUAAUCAGAUACUAGUAUCCUCGGGCUAGCGGAGAGGAGGAGUGAGACAAAAACUCACUAUUAGAGAUUAUUAAGGCACUUUAUUUCGAUCUCCUAUUCUCUGUUUCUCUCUUCCUCCCUUCCUCCUUCCCCCACUGUACUGAGUGUGUGAUAGGCUCCUGAAGGAAUUGGUGAAAUUUCCAUUCAGGUCUAGGAGAUGGGUGGGAGGGUGAGGGUUGGAGUAGGAAUGUAAAGCCCUGAAAUGCCAUUCGUCAUAGAUGUCUUGUUGAUGUCACAGUCCCUGUUGCAAGCCCCAAAGAUGGGGCUCCAGGCACAUUAAUUCUGCCUAUUCAAAAUCUUGUUUGAUUUUGCCAGUUUGGAUCACAUACAGAUUUGAGCCCCAAAUGUGUUUUUCUUUUGAAAAGUUACCAUUUUGUCCCAGGCCAACUUGAUUCUCAUUCUGCUUCCCAAGACGUGAAACUUCUUUUUCAAAUUUGAUCCCACCUUCCUUACAGUUCAAAUUGAAAUUGCUAAUGAAAUCACCUCUGUCCGACAGUUUUCUCAAAUUAAUCUCCCUGCUCCUGUCUGCAGGGAGCUUUUGUUUCCAGAGCCUCCCUUCCUUUCCUUCUCUAAAGGCAAAGGUGAUACCAGGGCUUUUUGCACAUCCUCUGGUAAACAAACUGCUUCUAGUGACCUGUUCUCUGUACUGAACCUGCUCAGCCCCUCAGACUUCCUUUCCCCUCCCUUUCGGGUGUGUUGAGAGUCUAGCUUUCUAAUUCCCAGCCUCUGACCCAAGGGAGCCUAUUGGAACUCCCUGAGGCUUCUAAACUGAGAUUCCAUUUUUUCCACCUUUGUCCCUAACUCUCCUCCCCUCCUCCUUCCUGGCCCCCAGAACGGGAAGCAGAGUCCAGUGAUCAAACUCAGGUUUCCUCCCACGGGCUCUGGUCCUCCUCCACUCUCCUGGGAUGUGUCUCAGCUGCUCACUCCUCUGCCCGCUCUGCUUCAGAGAACAGAGAAACUGCUGGAGACCCCACCCCCAACUAGAACCUGAGAAUCAGGCUUUGUCCCGGCUUGUCUAAGCACCUUGAAGGUAAAGGCAAAAGCCAUAGGCUUCUGAGUCACUUUAUUUUGUCCUGCGGUAGUUUUACCGGCUGAUAGGAACGAGAGAGAAAAUAUAUUCUUUACAUGCAGCACCUCCCCUUAGGAAAACUGCACAUAGUUCACAUCCCUCCCUUAGUAAGAGGGUGGCUGUCUGUGGCAUUCUAGUUUUUUGUGACUGUUUCUUUGGGGGGGGGGGGUGGAAAUGAAAGUUUUAUAUAGCGCUUGGUUUUGCUGCCUUGCACUAGGACUUUGCUUCUUCUUAUGCUUGCACUUUUUGGGGGUGGUAUUUUUUGUGAUAUGCCCCCCCCCAGUGUCUUCUUGAAGUUGUGACAUCAAGCCAUUGAGUUCUGAGAGAUGGGGAGUAGCUAGGUCUGGUAUCAGAUGUUGCUUUUGUUACGUGGCCUGAUGGUGUGUGGAUCCUUUAAGAGUAGGCAGGGGUGCCACCUCCAAAUGGUGUCUAGGCUGGGGAGAGCUUGGGCCAGAAAGACACAGCUGGGGCUGGGGGGCCAGGAUUCACUUUUGGACACCUCCGCCUGCCCAAGGCACUCAGGUGGCAGGAUGCCUACUGAGGGUGCUCAAAGGGCCAGGGGCCUCUGUGGAUUACAGGCUGGGGGUCAGCCCCUGCCCAGCAAAUUUGUGCUCACUAAAUGAGGUGGAGUCAAGACUUUACACAGGUUGUUGAGGGAGAGGGAAGGAUGCCUAUGGUCAUGUGAGCAUUCGCUGAAGUAGUCCCGGAAAUCCCAAACAGGAGCAAGGGACUCUUUGGCUGGAGUGGGGUGGUGGGAGAGAGGGAAGGUCAGGGAGAUAACUCUUGAGCCUUCCCAGAAUUCCCAACAAGUUUGGCAGCUCGAGCCUUAAGGGGUCAGGCAGGAAGAUUUUGGUCCAGGUCACAGGGGCACAAACCAUGUGAUAGGCUCAAGCUUAUAUUCUCCCAUCUGCCUGUGGACUGUCACCCUCCCGUCAAGUAACUCAUCUGUAAAUAAGAGCAUAAGCUGUAAGGAUCUGUGGGUGCUGGUCUCUGGCUGGGUCUGACCCCUAGAGAAUCACCAAACAGGGUUUCUCUGAGCUCACACUAGAAGUGAGCUAUUGCCCACUCUGGGGCAACUCUAGACUCCACAGGGAUGAGCCAUAUGUCAUAUGCAGCCAAGGGCCAGGAGAGCACAAAGACUUACUUUCUUAGUAUCAGCUGAAUGGGGGGUGGCAAAGGCCUCUCCUUUCCCUAAGCAUUUUGGGGAUCUUGGCUCCUCACUCUGUCUCCCAACCCAGAAUAUCCUCCCCAAGCCAUAUGUCUCAUCUCUUCUAUUUCCUGAACAACCUGGUUGUCAGAAGUCUUCAGCUAGUCAGUUAUUUCCAGAUUUUAUGGACCGCUUCAAUGGGAGCAGAUGCCUCUGCCUGGAGCAGGGGAGGACAGCUUUAAAGAUAGGGUCCUGAGUGAGCAGGUCACAAAUGGGAAUCCAGUCUGACUGCUCAAGCAACACUCUUCCACCGUGCAUAUCUAUACCUGCCCAGGCCCACCUCUCUUUCCUGUGAUGCCAAGCUCUCCCCAUUCUUCCCCAUUUGGGGGGGCAGCCCCCUUGGGGGAGUUUCAGACUAACUUCCUUUCUCUCCUGGAUUAGGGACUCAAUUCCCGUAGUUUGUGGCAUAUUCCAUCCGACACACAGCAGGAGAGAGUCUGCAGUGGUCCAAACUGAUCCAGUAGAAAAGUGACAAGAAAAUCCUUUUGAUUGCAACUUUUCAGAUUCCAACAUUGGGGUAAAGGGGAGAAAAUUUUUUUAGUUUCCUCACUGAGCACAGCUGGGGUUGGGUUGGGGGCAGAUGCACAUUGGGAGACAGUCAUUGUAGGAUUCUUUUCUAGAGACUGUUUCAUUCCUCUUUCUUUUUUGGAGCUGCACUUAUGAUAUGAAUUUUGUCAUUUGGCAUCUGUACGUGUCUUAGAUAUUGUGAGUUAUCCAGCUGUUGUGACUAGUAAUAAAAUAUUUUAUAUCCUUUUGAUACUA